AUGAAUAUUUUUACAGGUAUUAAAAACAAGAUAAAGGAAUCAGUUAUUGAAGAGGAGCUAUAGAAAAGAGAGAAAGAACUUAUUCAACGAUAUUAAGAAUAUGAAGCCUAGUUAGAGAAGGAGUAUUAAGAGAAACUUUAGGAAUAAGUAAAGAUUAUUGAGAACCAAUUUAUUGAGGAUAUGAAUUAAAAAUUGUUGGUUCUUUGUAGAGAAUAUCAAAGAUUCUUCAAUGAAAAAAUUGAAAAGAUAGAAAGCGUGUAUCAGCAAGUCAACUUUUAGGCGGAACAAUUUAACAUUUUCCUCUAAAUCUAAAUAGAGUAAUUUGAAUAAAAGAUUAAAGACUAUCAAAGCUAGCACCAAUAUCAGAAUCUCAAAUAACAGCUAAUUGAUGAAUUCAAAAAGAUAUAUAGUAAAGAACCUAAAGAUUCAAUGCUGAAGAAAAUGUUUACAACGAAUAAAGAUAUUUAAAAGAACCUACUCAUGUUUGAUGACUUGAUUAAAGAAAUCUCUCACAACAAGCUGGACUCUAUAUUAAAAAUAAAAUAAAAAGUAAACAUAGACUCAUUCUUUUAGCUUGAAAAUAAGCUUCUAAGAGAAAUUAGGAAUCAAUAUAUAAAUGACCAGCAGAUGGAAUCAAUUAAAAAUCAUUAUAUAAAUACAUUUGAAUGUUGUGUCUGCUUAGAAAAAAAUAAAGUUGAGUUUGUCUGGAGUGGUUGUGGUCACACAAACACAUGUGCAUAAUGUUCUAAGAGUUUAAAAGCCUGUCCUAUUUGUAGAAAGCCGGGAAAAUUAAUUCAUCUUUACAUAGCAUGA